AUGGAUACCAAAUACGAAGACGAAGCCUGUACGACAUGUUUCGGACUCCUUCAAAAAUUUGCGGAAAUGGAGAAGGAGAUAAAGGGCCUUAAAGUGGAGAUGGAGAAGCUGAGGAAUCGCCCUCGCUAUUCAUUCAAAGAGAAUGAAAGCGAGCGAACAUACGCAAACACGGCUUCCUCGGCUGUAUCGACGGAGGAGAAAGAAAAUAGUAGGUCGCUAGAGCUUGAUAGGAAUGACACCCAGUGUCUUGUGCGAAAAAAGCGCGGUCAGACGCGAUCUCAGCGAACAAAAAGAAAUCUCAGGGUACCUCGAAAAGCACAGAGAGUCAGACGAGGGAACAAGAGUUGGCUACGCCGCAGACGAAAAUUGCGCCGUUGAAAACGAUAAAUGAUGAAAAGAUCGUAGUAAACAGGCAGUCAUGCGUUAGUCCUGUUAAAUCAAACCUUCCUAAAUCGGUGGAAGGUUGUAGCCGGGAUGCACGCGAUGAAGACUCUGUAGGUAUGAUUACACCACAAGGCCGUUUAGUUGAUCGUUGUAAAUGCAUCGUUAUAAUGGGCAUGCCUGAGUCUGUUUCAGACGCUCCAAAGGACAGAAUACAGCAUGACAUAGAAAUAUUCCAGGAAUAUCUCAGAUCGAUCUUAAUAAGAGACGAAAAAGUCACAGUAUUAAAGGCUUUCAGGAUGGGCAAAAUUAAAGACUCAAAACAAGAUCCAGACCGACCGAGACCGUUAAAAAUUGUCUUUGACAAUGACGAACAAGCGCAGCUACUUUUGAGCAGGAAAGCUGCGCUUAAACACGCCCAUUCAUCAGUUUUUUUUCAGCGGGACUUUUCACCCGCCGAGCGAGAAAAAUGGAGGGGGCUCAAAUUGGAAGUCCUCAGGCGGUCGAGUCUGGGCGAGACAAAUCUCAGAAUAGUGGACGGAAAAAAUUAUACGCGUCCAGAGGCCAUUCCUCUGGAGAAAGCCCAUAACUUUAACAGCUUAGGAGUGAUGGAAAGCAGUUCAUCCCGAUCAGCUCCGACCGGCUUUUGCAUUCAAUCCCAAGAAAUGGAUAAACGCCUGUAUGCCGGAGUUGCCCGUGCCAAAUUGAGAUUUUUGUAUACCAAUGCUCAAAGUCUCGUUUCGAAAAUCGACGAACUCAAAGCGAUAGUACCGGAACAAAUCCCCGACGCCAUCGCCAUAACGGAAACUUGGCUUAAUGCCGAAAUCAUGGAUGCUGAAAUUUCGAUACCGGGUUACCAGCUGUUUCGUAGAGACCGUCAAAAUAGGCAGGGCGGAGGGGUAGUCGUACAUGUAAGGGAAGGAAUUUCAGCAGUUGAAAGGGCCCACACCCUUUUCCUUGAAUAUGAAUCCGUCUGGAUAAAGAUAAAGAAGAGCAAUGCACAAAAUCUAGAAUUUCUGGCGAUUUACAGACCACCAAAUCUUCUGAGUGCAGCUGAUGAGUCGCUCCUUGGUUUAGUCAAAGACAUAGCUAGCAACCAAGAGGUACUUAUUGCUGGGGAUUUCAACGCACCUGCAAUAGAGUGGGAAACUAUGGCAGUUAACGGUGGACCAGCCUCUUUCAGCAAUAAGCUACUGGACCUCACACUCGAUCUCCCUCUGGCGCAACAUGUGAAGGUACCAACAAGAUUUCGAGAGAACCAGAGAGCAAAUUGUCUAGACCUAGUUUUCACUAAAGACUUCUCUAAUAUCGGCGAAGUGUAUUCCAAUGCACCUCUCGGGAAAAGUGACCAUACUACGCUAUUAUGGGAUUACUCGCUCUUCUCUCAACACCAGAAGAGAACAGAGGGCCAACCUAAUAUAUGGAAGGCAGAUUUUAAUAUGAUGAAGAACGAAUUGCAGUCCGUGAAUUGGGACCAAAUAUUCAGGGGAGAUCCGGAGGACGACUGGAGAUCUUUUAAAACGAUUUCACUCGAUCUGAUUAGGCGCUGUUGUCCACCUAAAGUACAAAAAACAACUAGUCGACCUGCUUGGUUAACUAGGGACCUAAAUAAGCAGCUACGGAAGAAAAGCAAAAGAUGGAAAAUAUUCAGGGAAACUGCGUCACCAGCGCAUUUCGAAGAAUUUCGUCCUCAACGAAAUGCCGUCAAAAAAUGUAUCCGUCAGGCACGGAAGGAGUAUGAAUCCAAAAUUAUACGACAGGCUGAACAGAAACCUAAGAUUUUAUUUCACUAUCUUAACAGUAGACUGAAAAAUAAGGACCCGGUCGCGGUGCUGAAGGAUGGUAAUGGUGUAGAGAUCACUGAGAACAGCGAGGAAGCCGAACACUUAGGACAGUAUUUUGCCUCGGUUUUUACUAGAGAAACAGAGUCUCGCAGUCGCAGUGCUAACAAUGCUGUUGAGACUGCUGAUCGCGUGCUUGACUCCAUACUGUUCCCGACAGCUGUCGUGGAAAGGGAGCUGAAAAAUCUCAAGGAAGCAAAGUCCUCGGGUCCGGACAAUAUACCGGCCAAAUUCUUGAAGGAACUGGCGAAUGAACUUUCCAAUCCAAUGGCGCACAUCUUCCGCUCGUCAUUCGAAUUAGGGAGGUUGCCAUCGGAAUGGAAGACAGCAAAUAUCUUUCCGAUAUACAAGGGCGGGGCUCGCACUAAUGCUGUUAGUCUAACCUGCAUCUGCUGUAAAAUAAUGGAGGCCAUAGUUAAGAAAGCAACUAUGGAGUUCCUGGAGCAGGGCCAUUUAAUCUCAGAUCUGCAGCACGGGUUUAGACAGAAACGCUCGUGUCUUUCCAGUUUAUUGCUCUCGACGGAGCAGUGGACUCGCGCACUGGACGAGGAUGGGAGGGUUGAUGUCAUAUACACAGACUUUAAGAAGGCGUUCGACAGCGUCCCACACAAACGCCUAAUCUACAAAUUUUCUGAAAUUGGGAUAAGAGGAACGCUGCUGACAUGGAUUACAGAUUUUCUUACCGGGAGAUCGCAAACCGUGUGCAUUGAGGCCUCAAGGUCAACUCCUAUCCCCGUUCUAAGCAGUGUACCCCAGGGCUCCGUCUUAGGGCCGUUGCUACUGCUGGUUUACAUUAACGACUGCGUCAACGACCUGGGAUGCAGUGCCAUCAUGUUUGCUGUGGCGAACCAUCAGAUCUGACGCAGACAGGUACGCGCUUCAAGAUAGUCUCAACCGCCUGAACAUUUGGUCAGCUCGUUAGCUCCUUAAUUUUAAUGUGGACGAAUGUGCGGUCCUGAGACUCCGCACAAGACGGACCAGUAAGGAGGACGAUUCUUUUCAAUACGUCCUUGGUGGUCAGCCCCUUUCAAGUGUUGUGGAACAGAAAGACCUGGGCGUCCUAAUGACCACCUCGCUGAAACCAUCUUCACAGUGUCAAAGGGCAGCCAAAAGUGCGAUAAGGGUGUUAUUUGCGCUGAGGCGAGGAUUUGUACAGAUCGAUAAACAGCUGUUCGGAAAAACCUAUGGGGCAUUCGUCCGGUCUCACUUAAAGUAUGCAGUCCAGUCCUGGCAAAGUUGAUUGAAGAAAGAUUAUCAACGACUGGAAAGAGUACAGGCGAUAGCUACGAAGAUGGUCAAUAAUCUUCAUCAUUUGCCUUACGAAACCAGGCUGACCGAACUAAAUCUGUUUCCUCUAAAUUACAGGCAACUGCGCGGCGAUCUCAUUCAAACCUACAGGAUUGUCAGAAGCCGUGAGUGUGCCCUAGACUUUGAUGAAUUCUUUGAAAUGGCCCGGACUGACCGUCUGCGUGGUCAUCCGUUCAAACUGCAAAGGAAGCGGGCUCAUUCGGACGUCCGACGGAACGCCUUCUCUCACAGGGUCAUCGGGGCAUGGAAUGGACUCCCUGAUGCCGUCGUUCUUUUCGAAAGUGUCAAAUCCUUUAAGUGCAGACUAGACGCUCAUUUGUUGAGAACCUACUGUACAUAUAAUAAUGAUUGUUUUAGCGGCGGCCGUUUGCGCCUAGCUCACACUUACUGCUAACUUCUUAGCUUUUCGCAUUUGCUGAUGUAAUUGAUGACUUUAUUUCUGUUUAUCGAUAUGAAUAGGGAGCUCAAGGGCAAAAGCCUCAUUCCCUUAAUAAACUGACUUCCUCGACCGAAAGAGGACCAAGUAGUCAGUCGAACUUGGACGGCUCGGUAGCUUGUAAGCAUCAUGAAUUCUAUGUUUUGUGUGUUACUUCUUCUUAUCUUUAUCCAGAUGGAUUCAUGCUCAAGGAAGAGGGCGUGAGCUUGUCUGACUGCCAAAAUUCCUGUUCGCACCUUUACCACUACCCCACUGCCCUAAUUUUUUUGAAGGUCAGUGCAAAUGAAGUGGCGUUAUUGUAUCGAAAUCUCAGUCUCUUCAAUUUAGGCUUUGAACCAUUUUCUGUUAUGGGAAUGACAUUGGGGUUUCGAUCUGAAACUAGCAUCUUGAGUUCGUCGAGUUCCGAAAGGAGAAUUUGGGCAUUCGUUUACAAACAUCGCGAUUUCGCCUAAGUAACGCCGAUAUUUAGGCGUCUGGCCAUUUCGUGCGAUUGAAUGCAAAAUCCUGCCGGCAUUGAUCUACACGGGUAGGUGUCCAUCAAGCCUAAGCUGUAAGGGUUAUAGACUUCCUCCGUAGAAAUGACCUCUGGCAUGCUUAAUAUCCUGUUUGGUACUUUGAGAUUGCUCUCGCCCAGGCUUGACCGCCUGAGGAUUUCCAUCUUAAUCUCUCUUCAGAUCUUUUUCUCUGCCAGUGAAAAGUCCCGCUAAAACUGUUGGAUGGACAUAUUGGACUGCGAAUUUCUUGCCCAAUAGUAGUUGCGCUUAUUUUUUAUUCUGUAAGACAUUUUUAGUGGUCUCAACCGACCUGACUCAUCCUUUGAGUCUUUUGUUUGGCCUAGCCUGGAAGCCUUUUAUACACGGGCUGUCUCAUCAUCCUUAAGGAGGAAUUUGAGGUAUUGGUGGAAUAUUUCCAUGUCGUAGUGUAUUUUAUCGCUUGCGUGUCAGAAGCGGCCUCAGGUGUGUCCUUUAUAAUAACACAUUUACUGUGGUCAUUCAUGAGCUCCGUGGUGAUUUCUUACGUGCAGAAACAUAAUUACGGAUACUCGGGCCAUCGUCAUCUUCUGAUUUAGGAAGGUUUGGUGACACGAAGACAACGCAUAAUUCCGCGUCCACCAGAACUUCUAGAUUAUUCACCACAAGCGGCAGCACAGAUUUAUUCGCAACGUACUUGACUUCUGUUCCCUAAUUUGAUCAUCUUUCUCCUUAUGGGAAUUCGUGAGACAUCUUCCGUUCUUUGAACUCGUGCCUAACCAGGCCUUUCUUCCUUUGAUGGGACCCCGACGGGUCUUUAAUAAAAAUAAUAAUAAUAAUUAUUAGUAAUUUUGAUUUUCACGCACAUCGAGCACCAUAGACUCACUGUUUUCUCUUUCUUAGCUUAACACGGCCUGGGAAGCCGUGGUUGCGGACGUUCUUUCUUGUUUUCUGAAAUUUGGAUGACAACAAUCUCCCUUCUUUGGGCAGAUAGUAAAACAGGUUCCUCGAUUUCUUAAUUUCCAACUUUAGGCCCUUUAUCUCCCACAACAUUUCUAGAAAAAUUUGAGGGAGUCCGAAGGACGUCGUGCAGACCUCAUCUUCGUAAUUGACAUCGGUUCAGCCUAAAAUGCUCUUUGCCCGUUUGACGAGAGAUGAUUGAUAGCAAAAGACACAGAUUUGUCGUCAUUUUUGCCAUGGCUGAAUGUUCAUUCCUUCGUUUAUUUCAGUCCGUGCAUUGUGCGCCGCUGACUGGAUACCUUGUUGUUGAGGCGACGGAUUUGCUGGAAUUCUAUUCCGACUUGUAGUGGAUAUUUAGCGCAUUGAUUUUAAGUCUUGUUAUCGUUUCCCAUUAUAAAUGGAAAAAAUGUGGACUUUAUUCAGUACUAUGAGACGAAGAAAUGUUAGGAUGUCAGCGAUGUGGAAUAAAUAUCGGAACGACUCAGCCAUUUGUAGAUUGGCGAAGUCCAUCGAGCUGUGGACAGAGAAGCGGUCAGAUGAAUAUAUGUUCUAUCUAUCAAAACCCUGUUGUAAUUUUUUUUAAAUGGGGUUGUUGCUGGCUUGGCCCAAUACUUACUAACGACAGGUUGUGAGAGCGACCAGUGCAUGGGAAUUCCGAAGAAAGUGAAUUCCUCUCAGAUCCAAACUUUGAAACCAGUCAUAGGCAUUGAAACGGUAAGUGUUGUGUUUAAUCGUUUCCCUUGACAAUGCCUGUAAACUGGCAUUUAAUAAAUUAAAUUAAAUUAAACUGCAGAAACCGUUGGGGUUGGACGGGCCCGAGCCUGCAGUCAUAUACUUUGGGCAGCAAAUGAUGGGAAAGAUUCGAAGGUUAGUUGCGAGGAUGCCGCUAGAUGCUGAAUCAUUAUUGAAGGUUUUUGAAGGGUAUCAAAAGUUUUCAAGUGUGUUGUAGUCCACGUACAGGCCUCUGAAGGCCAUUAAAUGCCUAUAACAGUCCUUGAAAGCAAGAGCUUAUGUCCAUACAUAUCAUAAGCAAAACUGGACUGAAGCAGAAAAGUGUCCACGAGUGAAUGAGGACGGCAAAUGUAACUUAUUUUAAAAAAAUAUCUUGGCACAUGUUGAACCCCCUGAUCGGUCACCCACGAUGCUUGGCUUCUAUUAAAACGCAAGUUCUUUAUAGUAAAAAUAAGGAAGUAUUCAAAGCAUCAAAUAUCGAUUCCUUCAUCUAUCUGAAUAUCCCAAAGUUGAGAAAAUUUUAGUGUGACCGUAACUCAGUGGUAAGGGAAACCGCGUUGGUUGCCCUUGUUUGGCGGGUGGUUUGUCAUGGUCUUCCGCACCUCAACUGCGUUAUCUGCCAGUUUCCUACGCACAGAACGAUAUGUCUAUGGUUUAUUUAUCAUUGUAGAAUUCAUUCUAUUUGUUUAUAAGGCUUUAUCUUAUAACUAUGGGACGGGCGCAUACGCUUUGGAAUUUAUUAUAUACCUGGAGUGGUGCUUAUGCGAGUCAAGUAGACAGUUCUUUUGUUCGUUCGCCAACAAGGCUUCAGCAUACCCUCCCAUCGUCGCAAGCACUGUGCUUAUUUUUCCCUCCUUAAUUGGCUUGUUCUUCUUUCUCUUUUUACAGUCUUUUAUUUUACAGUUUGAGUUUAUUCUCUGCUCAAUUUUUGCGCUUAUGUUAAUCAUUCAUUCGAUUGUCCACGUUUGCCUCCUUUCAUCAUUUCCACGAAAAUUUUGAUCUGUCAAAUAAACUUCAUCAGCCUUAUUUUCUUGCCUCCUUUGCUAACUUCUCAUUUGGAAAUAUGUACUUUAGGCGUCGCUACAUCUUGUGCCGGAAUAUGAUCAAACCUGGUCCGGCCUUGAUAAGGAGGCUUUGAUUGUCGCAGUUGUUGGUGUGGGAAACGUCAGCCAGCUCUGCAUGGACUUGCUUAUUUCCACGUUAAAGACCAACUUCGUUGGCUACCUAGAGUCCCCAUGUAUUCCCGCUCUGGUCGGUGCUGCGCCGUAUUCUACUGAUCCUGACAAGCCGUUUUUGGCUGGCUCACUGGAAGUACGUUAUACUUUGUAAUGCGCUUUCCUGCUUGGUACAUCCAAAAGCCCUCCAUUUUUCGCGACAGAGUGUUUUCAUAGAUAUAGAUACAUACUAGAAGUAACUAUGUGACAUUGACAUUAGACACACCUCACAAUCGUGAGUCUCGCUGGGCUGCUGAUUGGGUCGUCUCGUCACUUAAAUAAACUCACGACAAGAGUCCGUCUUAGCCUUCAUUCUGCUGUUUUUUGGCCCUAUUAAACGUCUCUGAUAUUCAAAAACAGACGUCGUCGUCCGUACCAAUGUUGUCAUAGCCAGUCGUAAAACUUGUUUCGACAUUGAAGACGACUUGCGUUUGGGGCAACGUUGGGCAGUACCAUUCGUACCCUCCCAUUCAUGCUGAUUCAGUGGCUUGACAGCUUAAAAAUAUUGUCGGGGACCUAUUUUUGUACGUUUUGAAGGCCACAUUGCGUUGCAUUCUAAUUGAACUGUCUGCUAUUGGUCUCAUUACUGCAAAACUGACUAUAUAUACCAAGAAUUUCCUUCCGUAGUCUAACGUUCUCCAGUCUUCUGCAAUCCACUUAUCGCUGAAAAUGAUGACUCCAGGUCAAAGUUCCGUGCAACUCCACAGGAUGGAUGGGUGACUGAAGAGGCCACUGGGCAUUUGGUUGCCGCACGUAAGUGGACAUGUGGCUCAGCGGACUGUUCAGACCAUGUGAGCAGGUCUGGUGAUUAAGUAGAGCGCAGUGGCUGAUCCAGCGUAGGAUCACGGCUCGUGCCUUCAUGCAUGUGUCGGUUCUUCAGUCGACAAAAGCCAAACUUCGCUCACUGACAUCCUAUCGAUGAGAGUUGUCGUAAAUACACGCUAAAGAGGAACCAUUGUGACCUGGCUAUCUCCCAAAACGGACAUAUUAUCACGCCAAUUGGAAACGUUAAAAUUUAAGGCUUUUAGCGCUGUUUUAUAAGUGAACCUAUUUUGGCAUCAUUACAGUGGGAGACGUUCGCUGAGAUUUGGCCCCACCCUUCUUACCUGACGACAUGGCUGGGUCAAAGCCGUUGUAAAGAAGAUCGAGCAUAGUAAACGGCACUGUGUAGCGUCUGCGCCCCUCUGGGGUAACAGUGAUUGACUCGCCUCUCGUUCUGACGCAAAAACGUCGCCGUUCCUGAGGGUUACCUCUCCCACGUGGUAUUUUGUCCGUCCUUUUCGACGAAGAAUGGUAUUUUGUGACCACCCAUCACCAUCUUCAUCCCGCUCUGACUUUUUGCGUAUUUGUGUGUAUCUGUUGCUGCUUUCGGAAGGUGCCAUCCUUUGGGUUUAGUAAGGACCUUGAUCUGGCCAUCAUAAUGAGAGGUGACGUCCUCAGCGUGUUUUAUAACUUUUUACGCUUGCUUUUCCAUUCACACACUAAGGUCGUGGUUGGCCGCUUGUUUCUGAACGCUCGAGUCUAAAGCCUUAUCGCUUAACAGUAACGGGUCCGAAUGCACAUGAAUAAUUUAGGGAUUCUGGGUGUUCAACUUAACUAUCGUGUGUCAAUGUCGGGUGUCUUCCUGGCACUUUACUCUCGGCCUCUUCUGAAAAUGGAACGGAUAAAAGUCCUCUGUUUAGAUUGCGUGUUUGACCUAAAACAGCGUGGUCGGCGUGACGAUUUUCCCCAUUUCCAACUUUAUUUAAAGAUAGUCUGCGGCGAUUCCGUACCGAAAGCGAGCAUUUGAACGAUCUUGUUAACCGUUGACUUCCUUGUAUCAACCCUAUUGUCGAUUGUAAGCCUGAACGCUAUCUUACACCCAAAGUAGAUCAGUGACUGACUGACUGAGUUGUUCACUACUAAAAGGCAAAUGAUCAGUAAUGUUAGUUCUCGUGUCGGGGCACUGCGCAGUUGCUGUCAUCCAUCUCUUUCCUAAAGUCUGUCCUUUCCGAAACUGGCGAAGUCCAAACUUCGUCACGUCUUUCUUUUUACAACGAAUGUGGGCAUACAUCCGUCGGGAAACGGACGAUCAUGGGCUUUUUUCUUUGAGUCUUUUAUGCGGACAUCCGUACAUUGUAGUCCUCUUUCUGGGCUCAUUCUUAUAAACUAUGUCCGUGAUCUUUGGUCAGGUUUAGGAGCUUAACAUAGUGCCUGUUUAUUCGGUGGCUGUCGGAUGGCAACAACCAUCCUGAUAAUUCCUUUCCGUUACCGAAUCUUGAUGCCUUUUAUGUCGUAAGUUGUGCUUCUAAGUGUACUUUUUGACUGUUAGACAGAUUACCAUCGGAGCAUUUCUCAGCAGCGUUGAGGGCGAUUAUCAUUCGGGGAUUGUCGCAGAUUUGGACUAGUAGGACUGAGCAGUACUUGCGCACCUUACAUCCUAAAAAGUCCUUUCUCGUUUCCACGUUUACAAGAUGGUUCAGCUUCUUCAGAAUUUGGCAACCACCGUAUUUGCAUAAUUAGGUGACAACCGAUUUGACCUUAAGAACCUUACCUUAUUUUCGGUUGGUCGAGGCUAGUGUCGAUUAAAACUUGCCCAAGUGUGUCGAUCUUCCUCUCAGAAAUUAAGAACGAACAGUGAAGAACAAUCCAAAAUAUCCAGUUUGAUGGCCUAGGAUCUGUAAUUUCCUCGAUAUAAGAGUUGAGAAGUCCAGCGGCAGAAAAGUUCCGUAAGAAGACUAAAAAUCUCACUUCAGAAUGAUCACUGUAUAUUUGAACUUCCUUAGCUUCGUUGUCUAGCCGGAAGUUUUGCUUUUGUAUUUUUGGUUGCGUUUUUCACCGGAAUCUGAAAGAGAUGGCUAUUUUGGGCACUGUGUUGGAAUACACCUGAAGAACAAGUCCUGAGAACCCUUGCUGUUUUCGUCAAAUGAGUCCUAGUGCAGCCGCCACGUCUGUUCAUGGGCACCAGUGAUAGUUACGAUACACGUUAGUCUUUUGGAAUAUUUAUGUCAUAUUUUAGUCCCGCUUUGCUUGCUCUGGAAGCGAACUGCUCUCCAGGCCCUCCAUCGCCCGUCAGGGUGACAUCUAACUCCUGAUUUCCCCUAAAAGCAUUUGGUUGUUUGACCCUGAAGUUUCAUCUAUUAAGUGGGUAGAUAGUCGUCAGUCCAGCUUCCAACGCUGCCUUCGUGACCUGCACCUCCGGACUGCCGCCUUCCACCUCCAUAUCAUUUGCAUGUUAUCAGUGGUGCUGAAUUGCGUUCGCUUAAGUCGUUUUGCGCCUAACAUGUCUGCGAUUACUCCUCAUUUGUUCACUCCUGGUGGUUUUCCUUACGACGCCUCCCUACGCACGACAGUUUUCGCUAAGCGAUUCGGUAAGUCCGAUCUAAUCUUAGCUGCGAGAGCCAAGUGCAGACGACAGAAGAACAGUCCCCACAUCUAGACGAGCGGAUUUUGUCGUAUUGUGGAACUGAUUACCUCUGUCACUUCAAAUGGCGGCGAAUUAGGAUAGAGAGACCGAGUUUCUGGAACGCGCGACAGACAAUCAACCAAUAUGACAGCUGUUUUUUGAAGGUGCUUCAUAUAUGUGAGGCGAAUUCUUUGUAGUUGUUCAAAUACGCGAUCUUGAGGAGCACUCGUUUCUUCCUUCUACGCGCAUAGCCGAGCGUUGACAGUCAUAGAGGACAGACGGAACGGAUGUCUGGUCCACACGGAUUUUCUGUUGCUUAAAAUAUCGUGGGGCUACAUAGGCACCUUCAAAAAGUAGCGAACAAUCUCGUGAGCAUAGUCGGUUAAGGUCUCAUCUGAUAGCAGCCCAUAUCCGAGGUAUUUGAAGUUGCCUACUUCCGUAAGCCAACAACCAUUAACCAGAAGACUGCCCUUCCUUCGGUCAAAGAUGCAGCACCAGAAUAUCUCGAUUUUACAGCGUUGGUGGGUAAAUUAUCUGAUUUGGAAGCCUUGUUCACCAGAGAUGGUGCACCUUGUUGGUCUUGUAAGCUGAAGGUAGUAAGAAAAUGUGACCAGUGUUGUCGAGGUCAGUCGGUCAACGCCUGGGUACAAGUUUAACACAGUCGCAACAGUGGACUUGCACGAAGGUGGGGAUUGCCCGUUUAUCUAAAUUCUUGUCACUCCUCCACAGUCGGCACAGCAUGCUCACGGUAAUGCACUGCUUCCAUUCCGAUCUUCAGCCUUGCGUUUGGGAACCGAUAGCGGUGGACAGAUUUAGAUGACAGUGUGAAACAUCCCAUUAGAAUUCCUGCCGAGCCUUUGCUAGUUUGACCUUUGGAUUUGGUGUCCAUCGAGAUCGACGGAGGAACUGGCUAUGUAUGUGAAAAAGCCGGACCAAAUGAUCCUUCCUACAUUCUCAUGCUGUUCGCCGUUGAUUAUUCCUCAAGUUACUCAAUAAUGUCUAUAAUAGCGAAAGGCUCCUAUAGUAGUUUGUCUCUUUUGUCAUUCUAGCAUGGCCCUUUGUAGUAGAAAGUAUUUGGGCUGGAUUCAUAUGUGUCAGCCAGGCUCAUUAAGUCCGAUUUUGGAGUUAUUUUUUCUCUGUCGUCUCUGACGGCGGUCGCAAGUAAGGUCCUGUUUACAGCCUCAGUGUCACAUUGACGUCCGUCAUCGGGCUUUGAGGUGCUUUAUUGGACAGCCAAUGUGUCAGACGUCAUCGCUCUGUGAUCCCAGCAGUCUCGUCGCCGAUGCCUCUAUGUGUGUUUGCUUCGGAGCCAGUCCUCACUGGAGGUUGUUUGGCUCCUUCUGUGGACGCUCCGGGUCACCAGCAGGCAACUGGAGUGUAGCCACUAUCGCGUUGUGGAAUGGAGUGUUAGGCUAGACCAAUGUGUUUUGAGAAACCACAUAGCGGUAGGCACGUAUACUUACCUUCAUUCCAUCAAGUGAAUUUCCAUCGGGCAUCCCUCUCGAUGUCAUCCGUCGUAAGUCCGCGAGACGGAUAAUGGAGUUAGAUGAUCUAUCAUGGGGCUAUUUUCCUAUAGCCAAAACCUACCACGACUUCGACUGCACCCGUAUUCCUGCCCACAACACCAUCCUACAAGCGUCCAACGUUGAGUUAAACUUUCAGAAGGGGCCCAUUUCAUUGUUCGUUCUAUUUACAUGCCUUAUUGACUGAAUUCUUGGGAUGAAUCCAUCUGGUGUUGAACCUGCCCGUAACACAAACCGACCUCCACUAGAUCGAAUACUCUCUCAUCAAAUAAAGAAGGCCCACAGGGUCGUGAUGUCGAGAUUGCUUCAUCGACCAGCUACUUCUCGGACAUAAGAAAAGUCUAGUGUAUUCUUUAGCUGUAUCUAUCAACAGGAGAGAACAGCCGUCGGACAAGGGCAAGCACCUCGGGGACUGGUUGUCACCAAAAGCCACUUGGGCAAUGUUGCCCUGUUGGAUUUAUGCCAGCUCCUGAUGACAUCAAUGUAUCCAUCUUGCCAUUUCAUCUACCCUCCGCCCAUCUCGAUGACUCUAAAUUAGCGCUCUGCGCACAGAAUAUGUGGACAGACCGGGAGCAUUUAGUCGCCGUCGCUUAGUGAUCAUCCUUCCAAUGCCAUAUGCAGACCGUUGCUAAGUGCAAUAGUCCAUACUCUCUGCACCAUCGCAAUGGGACGUCAGUCCCACCGACAGAGAAAGGCGACUGCCGCGGUUUGGGCGCAUCGCCGGUCACAUAUCCCACAAUAUCAGCGUCACCGUUUUAAGUCCGCACCACUCCAUCACUGGGAAGGACGAAGAUUUGGUCAGCUAAAAACCUGCCUCGGCACUGAUGGAUACGUGGAGACCCCGACCGUUGGAAAAGAAGGCUUCUAUAGCCGCUGCUGUCAGUUGCCACAACUAACCGUUCUUAGAGAAGAACUGUACAGGGCACCGUUGAGGACGGCCAGACUGCGUUUGAUCACAGUCGUGUGAAGUGCAAGCAAGCGCUUAGAAUAACUCGGACCUCGCAGUCAACCCAGUGUUUGUUUGUGUGGAGUGGCGGACUGAAAGUCAGGCUGCGAUUUCUCCUUAGUGGGGCCUCAGUGCGGUCCGAGCCGGUGUGGUGGCAUGCGCCUAGAUGCGGAUUUUCGCUGUUCCAGCCUCAUGCAUCCUCUCUUCCCUCCGAUCUUCUUGGCUCCGUCACAACAGUGGGCUCAGAUGAGGGAGGGAUGGGUGCGGUGGAUGCUGUGCAAAUCGGCUGCCACUCUAAACGAAUUCAUGCGCAAGUCGCCGUUCCUGCUCCCACCCUGACGGACAUUGCCGUAAACGACGGUCGAACUGUCACUUCAGUUUUACUUUGCUCCAGAUUCCGUCCUUUCUUGUCGAGUUUUCAGUCUUUUGCAUUUUGCCGGCCUGUUUCUAAAUGCCGGCUAUCGCAGUGCUGACUUUUAAGCCUGUAGUGUUAUUUGGCAGUUUAAUACUCAUAGCCUUCCCUUCCAUGCUACAUGGGAAUGUCGUCCACCGAGCUAGCCCGACUGGGGGAUUUUCUUUAGGGCUACGAUUUAGGGCCGCUGCAGACGAUCGCAUAGCAUUUAAAACAGGCAUACACAGCAGGAUUCAUUGGCACCGGAAGGGCUUCAACGGUCUUGUCUGGUUUACUUGCCAGCGGUGGCCGAAGAUAAUCCAUAUUCAGCCCAAGAAGAUCCGAGUUCCUAGGCAAGAUUUGCUUCGUUAUUGAGUUUAGCGCUGUGCCGGUUGAACCGCGGCUUCAUGCCGCCAGCUGUGAUCGUGGCCGUUUCAAGUCACUCGAGACUAGUGUUCAGCGGUUUGACGUUUACCCUUGGGCACAGUGACAUGUGAUCAAUUAUCAGGCGUGCGCGCUGGAACUGGACCGAUGUUUGUUCGCUAACAACACUCAGGCCCAAAUCGCUGGCCGUCCGAGUCUGGGGUUGGGGUGUGAUCGACUGGCCACGGCAGAUAUGCCAGAAGUUAUCACAUUCCAGUCUCCCCCUUUUCACAAAAAAGUAUCUCAGUGAGUCUAUAACGAUGGGAAUUAUUUGGUUUAACUUUCUCAACUCGGGAAAACUAUCGUUCAUUUCUCCUUUUGAGGCACGGACUGAGACCUCUGCCAGCUAUGACUGUCGCUUUAGCAUUUUUCCCCAGUCAUGUUGCUUCGGGAUUCUGUCGUUAUUAUCGCAUCUUUAUUAAAUUCUUCAGUUGUACCAUGUUCCAGACCGGAAGACUUUUCUACUUCAAACAAGAGCUCCGAACUUCGCCGGCACGCGGAAGAAGUUCGCCGCUGAACUGCAGAACUUUGUCCUGCAGCACAAGUUUUCCAGAGUAGUCCUCCUCUCGAGUAGCUUUGCAAUGGCCCGUAAGGUAUGUCUUUAUCAGCCCCUUGGUGGUUAUUUUAAUUUCAAAUUUUCCUACCUAUCUGUUACUGUUUUCCUACAUAUUCGGAGAUAACUCUCUUAAGUGCCAACGACAGUUAGACAACCAGUCAAAGUUUUGUUAGAUUGUUGUUGUUGUGUUACUGUUCUCUCUGGACAGAAUAGUCCCUGGCUCAUCGGAUAGCUCCUAUAUUGGGCUGUUUAGUGGAACGAUGGUCUUUUGAGGGCCGUUCCACUUUCCGAUGACACUUUGACCGUCGCAAGCAAGGACUUUCACCUUGAGACCCUAAUAGUGAACGCAGCAACGGUGACUUACAAGUUAAUCAGUUUAUAGUGAGUCAACCUUGCGCAACAUCAACCUGCCCUAGUAAUCCUCACUCCUUCGAUUUCCAUACCCCUUUUGCGUGUUAACCUUCUCCCUCUUUCCUUCGCAAAUAACGUUUUAAGUUACUCUUUUCGGUGAUUAGUCUACGUGUACUAACCACGGAUCUUGCUGGUUUGCAUUAAUUUUUUUGUGAAAAUUCAAAUUGCUGCAUGUUUCUUAUUCGUCAUCAAAGUUAUGCAGCGACUGAUUGUAGUUGAUAAGCAGCCGCGAAAUUGGUUGGUUCCAAUAAAUUCUGUUCUCUAUGCCUGUUUUAAAAUCUACCACACUUUCUUCUUCACCCACUUUUCUCGGAAGGCGAAAUAGUGUCAAGAUGACCAGAAAUUGACGAGAGCACAUUUCUCGACAGGGUUAAAUGGCGUCUACGCGUGCCACGCACAAACGGAAGGACUCGACUCUCUCUUCAGGAUAGAGAGUCAUAUUGGAAUGGCUUCCUCUGAAUUCGGCCCCUAGGGCACCCUCACCCAGUCGACAUCCUAGCGGCCCCGCCUUGUUGUAGCCAUGGGAACAGGGUUGAAUCAGACGUCUGCGGCACGCACAGCAUUCUCAGUCAUUACGCCCGGUCCCGCCUCCGGGGGUCUUCACUCUGUCUUGACGCCAGGCUCAGGCUAAUGAGGGAGGAGAGAGUGCGACAGAUCCAGCACGAGCUUACUAUCACUUUAAAUUACUUUGUGCGCAAGUCAUGUUCCCGCACCUGCCCUGGUGGACAUCGGCGAACUGUCACCCUGUUUACUUCCUCGGUUGUUCUCUUCACUAUCACGGUACAAUCUUCCCAACUGUCUUUCCCUCCUGUAGGAUGCACAGCUUCUCGGGCUUCCCGUGGAGUUUGAAAUGACCGGUUUCCCCGACUCCGCUUAUCAGCUUCUGAGAUCUUUGGGUUUGUCGGAGAUACCGAAGGAGGAAGGACCUACUGGGGAUACUUCAGAGAGGAGACGGAACAUCCCAGGCUCCGGCUGCGCCGAGGCUCUGUUCACUAGCCUCUCCUCCGGUGGCGUGUCCACAGCUCUGUUAAACAUCUUCACAUCGGAGGGCGACAACCGGGGUGAUGCAGUCUACAUGGCCAACCUGCUGGACUCCUGGUUGCACCUACUGUCUCCUCAGGCUGUCUCUGCUGGAGUGGACCCUACUAAGUGGAGGACUCCAGACUGUUGGAAGUUUUUGUAUGGUGCUGACCCGGACCCCGCUUUAUACUAA